GCGCCGCGCCGCUCCGCUCCCCUCCGCCCCGGCGACGCGCGGCGGCGGCGGCGGCGGCGGCGGCAGCGGCAGCGAGCGCCGCGGGCGGCCCGCCGGCGCCAUGCAGAUCACGCUGAAGACGCUGCAGCAGCAGACCUUCCGCAUCGACAUCGACCCCGAGGAGACGGUGAAGGCACUGAAGGAAAAGAUUGAAUCUGAAAGAGGGAAAGAUGCUUUUCCAGUAGCUGGCCAAAAACUAAUCUAUGCAGGUAAAAUCCUUAAUGAUGAUACGGCUCUUAAAGAAUACAAAAUAGAUGAGAAGAACUUUGUGGUGGUUAUGGUGACAAAACCCAAAGCAGCUGUACCGACACAGUCACCAGCAGCAACUCAACAGUCAAAUACUACAACCACUGCUGUCUCUACAACUGCAGCUCCCACACCAGUCCCAGCACCAACAGCUGCUGCUGCCCCUGUGCCAGCUCUUGUCCCUACCACUCCAGUACCAGCUGCAGCUGCUUGUGAUUCUGCACCUGUAAGUACUCCUAAAGAAGAGAAGCCAGUGGAAAAAACACCUGAAGCACCAGCUGCUGUUAGCCCAUCAUCAACUGACAGUACAACAGGUGAUACAUCUCGAUCAAAUCUUUUUGAGGAUGCUAUAAGUGCACUUGUCACAGGUCAGUCUUAUGAGAAUAUGGUUACUGAGAUCAUGUCAAUGGGAUAUGAACGAGAGCAAGUAAUUGCAGCGCUGAGAGCCAGCUUCAACAAUCCUGACAGAGCAGUGGAAUACCUUUUAAUGGGUAUACCUGGAGAUAAUCAGGCUGUGGCUGAACCUCCUCAAGUAGCAAGCACGGGUGCCUCUCAGUCUUCAGCAGCAGCAGCAGCAACUGUACCUACAACUACUAGUUCUUCAGGAGGACAUCCUCUUGAAUUUUUACGAAAUCAGCCUCAGUUCCAGCAGAUGAGACAAAUUAUUCAACAAAAUCCUUCUCUGUUGCCAGCGUUGCUACAACAGAUAGGACGGGAAAACCCUCAACUACUGCAGCAAAUAAGCCAGCAUCAAGAGCAUUUUAUUCAGAUGUUGAAUGAGCCAGUUCAAGAAUCUAGUCAAGGUGUAAGUGGUGGUGAUGGCAGCACUGGAGGAGUAGCAGAAGCUGGAAGUGGUCACAUGAACUACAUUCAAGUAACACCUCAGGAAAAAGAAGCUAUAGAAAGGUUAAAGGCAUUAGGAUUUCCUGAAGGACUUGUGAUACAAGCAUAUUUUGCUUGUGAGAAGAAUGAAAACUUGGCUGCCAACUUUCUUCUACAACAGAACUUUGAUGAAGAUUGAACGGAGAGACUUUUUUUAUCUCACACCUCACACCAGUGCAUUACACUAACUUUGUUCACUGGAUUGUCUGGGAUAUUUGGGCUCAUAUCCAUAAUGCUUGGUGUAUGGUAUAUGGGAGGGUGGGGGGAAGAGAGAUGAAAAUAUAGGAAACAAAGCAAAGAAAAAUACAAGUAUAUCUGCUUUAAAUUGGCAGAUGCAGCAAAUCACACAGUGUAAAAUAAUAUGCAACCAAAAAUCAGCUUCUGCAGGUAUUUAGUUCCUUCUAUAAACUGUAGGCUAUUUUUUUUCCCUAGGUUUUCACUCUUACCGUACUAGUUCCAGAAAUGUAGUGUAAUGCCCUGCUUCAUGUUCCUUUUUCCUUAACAUUGGUAUUGAAGAUUGCCUUUGCUACCUAGAAUCUACAAUCUGUAUUUCAUGGCAACACUGGAUAGUGGCUUUGAGAAAUCUAAAAUAUCUGAGCAAAUGUAAACAUGAAUGCCAAAAUAUGGGUAGUUAUUUUGCUAUUUCAGAUGUAUUAAAUUAGUACAAGGCCAUUGUUUUGUUCAGCAAUUAAAAAAUGAAUCCCUUUGACUGGAAACCCAUUUUAGUUAAGUGUCUUGAUCAUUAGUUGAGAACCCUCAUCCCUUUCUAAAAUGAUCUGAGAAGCUGUAUACGUACAGGUAGACUAUUUCUCCUGUUUACAUUUCUUAUUUUUGGGAAAAAUGAUAGGUAUCUAAUUACUGUUUACUUCAAUGUUAUGUUGCAGUAAAGGUUUGAAAAGCAAUGAUUGCAUGCUUGGUCUUGUUAUACUUGCUCUUGUGAACAGAGUAUUUUUCUUCUGUCAGCGGAGAAAAUGUAAGCUUUGUUUUUAUCCAUCCCACUAAUACUUUAUUUAUGAUCAACUCAAAUUUUGCUUUCCUACCUUUUUUGGUAAGGGCUGGUCCAACAAAUGCAGCUGUUAGCAUCUUAGAACCAAGUGUCCAAUAUUUGUAAUACUUUUAACUUUAUUUUUAUUCCUAUCUUUGGGAAUGGAUGACCACUCUGAAGCUCUUGGCAUUCUAUUGCUCUUGAAUAGGUUGUAAUGAUCAAGGCAUUUCUGUUCAGUAAGGCCAUUUUAGGAUUUAUUUACUUUGUGAGAACGAGAAGUUCAAAAAUUGAGAUAUUAAGCAAACAGGUUAUUGUAGCCCAAAAGAUUACACACACAUACUUUUAUUUUUAAAAAAUAAGGUCUAAUUACAGAGUUUUGAAUCUUAUUUCUUGAUACCUAUUUGUCAUUGUCUUGUUUAGUGAGCAGGAAAUUCAACAUUCUUAAUAUUCACUGACUUUUAGAGACAACCUUGCUAGUCAAUGCAGUGCUAGUGACAAAAACAAAUUCCAGUUUCUCCUAAGGAUAUUUUGUGCAGCAUUUCCUGAACAUACUUUGGGGAUAUCAUGCGUUUUUUACUGUUGUGUUCCAGUUAGCUGAUUACAAGUUUUUCUCUACGGUAACUAAGACAAUAUUGGCAUCAUUAGUGGUACAACGCUGAACUGUUGUACUGCUAAUAACACUAAUGACAUGAGUGGUGCAACUAAAGAAUGAUCUUCUGCUUGGGAUAUGUAGAAUUGGAUUUAACUGCUGCUUAUGCUCCAAGUACAAAUCAUGUAUCUGAGAAAAGAGAAGGAGAAAAAGGUGGAAAACUUGUAUUCAUAUUUUGUUUCUUCAUUGGUUGGCCUUAGUCUGUUAAAUAAUUAUUUGCAUAAAAUAAUGGAACAUAAUAAAGCCUUUCACUGCUUCUCUGUA